AUGCCAUACCACGAGGAAGAUACUUACUAUCUUUACCGUCGGGGCCAUGACCUCAAGCUUGGCCAUCUUUUGCUUGGCAAUUACAAGACCCCAACUCAAGUUCCACAUUGUCCAAUGACGACAUUAAGUCCCAGUGAACUCUCGACCUGGGCCACUGUAACCGAACAGUAUGGCACAUUCACCGACGCACAAGGAUGGAGUAUCAAAACCGAGGUCGAGGCUUUCGGGACUGGUCGCAUUGGAGGAGGGCAGACCUGGGAGAAGAGCAAUAUUGUCGUCGCUAAGAGCGGCAAACGAGUCGAGAUUCAAGGUCAUAAAGUCAGAGACUUCUUUCAGCAAAAGGUCCUUGCAGCGCCCGGAGUCAAAGAACACCUCAAACGGUGGCUGACAAUUUCUCGGACAAAAUACCUGCUCACGAAAGCAGGGCUUAGGCCGAAGCCUGAUAUCUGGUGUCUGACGGGAUUGUUCGAACUGAGCGACGUCACUGUUACGACAGUGUUUAGGAAGAAUCCCUCGGUUGGCUUCAGCAUCAGCUCGGCCAUGGUCGCGGCGCUGUCGGGCGGCACAGUGCCUAUUGGGGCCACGAUCGAGCUCGGUCAGGAUGUUACUGUCAAGUGUGAUAACAGAUAUCCAGAGACACGGGUGUGGGCGGCGCAGUAUCAGUUGAUCAAUUCCAUGCCCGUGUUAAGAGUUGACGGCGACGAGGCUAUCCCAAUCAACUACAUCGAGGUGUACCCAGACUAUACCUAUACCAAAGGGAAAGUUCUUGGAGACGAGGAUGACCAAGAUGAGGCAUUUGAGCUCGAGGUUGAACCUGUUGAGGAGGAGGAGAUUGACGUGGAUGGGUUCGAUGGCGAGUAUUGGGAAGCUUACCGUGAUGCCGAGGAGAUGACGAAGAAGCUCAAUGGAUUAACGGACGCAGAUGCUUGA